AUGGGGUCAGUCGUGUUGCCACACUUGCGCUCUGCCUGGCAUGUCGACCAGGCUAUUCUCUCCGAGGAGGACAGACUUGUAGUUAUCAGAUUUGGUCGCGAUCAUGACGUUGACUGUAUGCGCCAGGAUGAAAUGCUUUUCAAGAUUGCCGAGCGUGUGAAGAACUUCGCAGUGAUCUAUCUCUGUGACAUUGAUGAAGUACCCGAGUUCAACUCCAUGUACGAACUGUUCGAUCCCAUGACGAUCAUGUUCUUCUGGAGAAACAAGCACAUGAUGUGCGAUUUUGGUACUGGUAACAACAACAAGCUGAACUGGGUACUCGAGGAUAAGCAAGAAUUGAUCGACAUCAUCGAGACCAUCUACAAGGGUGCCAAAAAGGGACGGGGUCUCGUCGUCAGUCCCAAGGAGAUUCGUGCUCAGCUGGUAGAGCUAUUGCCUGGGGACGAGCCGCAGUCUUAA